AUAUAAAGAAACUUAUAUAAUUAUUUUCUUCGACUUGUGUUUGAUAAACAGGGAACAAAAUGUCUUAUAUGUUGUCACAUCUUCACAAUGGAUGGCAAGUGGAUCAGGCAAUAUUAUCUGAAGAAGACAGAGUAGUUGUUAUUAGAUUUGGCCAUGAUUGGGAUCCGAUGUGUAUGAAAAUGGAUGAAGUUCUUUAUAAUAUUGCUGAAAAAGUAAAAAAUUUUGCUGUCAUCUAUCUAGUUGAUAUUACACAAGUACCUGAUUUUAAUAAAAUGUAUGAAUUGUACGAUCCUUGUACAGUUAUGUUUUUCUUUCGAAAUAAACAUAUAAUGAUUGAUUUGGGAACUGGAAACAACAAUAAAAUAAACUGGACAUUAGAAGACAAACAAGAAAUGAUUGAUAUUAUUGAAACAGUUUACAGAGGUGCCAGAAAAGGUAGAGGUUUAGUAGUGUCACCUAAAGAUUAUUCUACAAAAUAUCGUUAUUAAUUAAUUUAAUUGAUGUAAAAGUAUUAUUUUGUAUUAAUUGUGAAUCUGAGAAAAUGUGAUAUAUAAUUGAGUUUGUAUUAAGAAAUAAAAAUACUGUGUAAUUAUAUAUA